CAAUAGCUUUCCACUUGUGGCUUCGAAAGUUUCAGUACGAAAAUGAAGUUGAGCCUAAUUUUAAUGGGACUGAUGCUCAUCCCAUGGGGAAAUUCUCUGGUGCACUGGAAGAAACUGGAACCAGGCGCAAACGGUGGCUGCAAGGGCACAAAGGGCGACUUGAAAGUGGGCCAAACAGAGGAAGAUCCUCUGGUUUGCGGGGUCCUUCACUGUUCGGACAAUGCCGGCAAUGCAUUCAUCCACUAUUGUCAAAUACCUAUUACGGUCGCCCUGUGCCCUGGCAAAGGCGUGACCACAGAAAUCAUGUUUCCCGACUGCUGUUGGAUAUGCACUACCUUUAAGAACUGCUGAUGGACGGAUGGAAGGAUCACAUGAACUCCCAAAGUAUUCCCUGACCCAAAAAUGUGCCUAUUGGGAGGGAAAUAUAUGU